AUGUCCAUCCCACAUCUGGUGGUGAUGUCCAUCCCACAUCAUCUCAAUCCAGUGGUCACGUGUGGCGCCGAGCCAGACAAGCACGCGGACAUCUUCGUCCAUUCCAUCGACAAUCAGCGCCCUGGCUUUGCAGCCGCGAGCGGGCGCCUGUGGCACACCAGCUCGUGGCUCAACGAAACGUGCGCCGGCGUGCAGCGCAUCCAGGAGCUACAGGCCAAGCAACCGACGAAGCCGCGCGGCGCCGUUACCAUUCUCGCCUUCCAGGCGACCUGUGGCGAAGACUGCACGCGCGGCAACAAGCAUGACCAGUCGUGGAACAUCGCAAACAUGGCGGCCGCGCUGGACGAACACUUCUUCAGCCACCACGGUGCAUACCCGCUCGUGGUGCAUCAUGAGGACCUGACAGACGCGCAGCAGCAACGGAUUAGCGACCAGGUCAGAUCCUCUGCCGUGGUCUGGCAGCGCGUCAACUUCAGUGUCGACGCCGCCCUCCCCAAAUACUAUGAUUAUGCGGCGGUGUUCCGGGACGUGAACCUCAGCCAUCGUGGCGGCAAUCUAUCGUCACCGUCAAUGCGCGGCACGUUCCACGGCUUUGGCUACCGGACCAUGUGCCGCUUCUAUGCCGCCCUCGUGAUGUUUUCGCCACUACUGCUCCAAGUCGACUGGUACUUGCGUGUGGACGGAGGUGACUCCCGGAUCACCAGCGCUUGGCCAAAAGACGUGUUUGCCCACCUGCAGGCGAGGCACUACGCGUAUGCUUAUGAGACGAUUUCCAAAGCCGCGUCCAGCUCACGGCUGGACGGAGCUCUGCGCAGCUUCAACCAGGCGAAUCCCCACCUGAAAGUGGAUGCAGCGUUGCGUCUGCCUUUUGUCAACUCGCGCGGGGAGUACAAUGGCAGGUAUUACUACAACAACCUUGAGGUGGUGCGCCUGCACGUCUUCCGCACCCGCCUCCACUGGAGGUUGUUCAUGGCGGUGGAGCACUCGGGCGCCUUCAUGCACGGCCCAACAUACAAGCAGAACCUGGGCGAUGCGGAUUAUCGCUCGAUGGCAUUGCCAUAUCUGCUCAACGCUAGCCAAGUGUUCCAGAUGCCGGCAAGAAUGAUUCCUUACAGCCACCCAGUGCCCUGGGAUCUGCCAUACCGGCAUGCUUCCCACUGUGUUCCGGAGCUUGGGUCGACCGUGUGCACGCAGAAGAGCAGCAAAAGCCCCUUGCAGCCGCCACGGCAGCGCAGUCCACAUUCGAUCAAGCAGGAGCAUAGGUUACCUGGCUUCGCGGCUGCACACCAGAUCAAGCGACAGCACGCACCCGCAACAGCACGCACCCGCAUCCGAUCAAGCAGAAGCACGCGACUUACACGCGACUAA